AAGAUUUGGUUGCUACUAAACCUUCAUUUGUAAUUCCAGCAUCUUGUCCCUAUGAUGUUACUCAAGAUAUCUCUGUCCAAUUGUACUUUGAAUAUGAUGAGAUGAAAAGAGCCAAGGCCAGAGGAAAUAGAAUUGAAAUGUUAGUAUAUGCCUUCUACUUUGGCGCCAGACUACAUACUGCAACUGCUGAAAGGACAGAUCAAACAGCUUUAUCGGACCACCCAUACGAAGCUCUCUAUGAUUGUAAUAUUACCAAGGAAAGAUAUCAUCAUCUGGCCCAAAUGGAGCUUGUGGAACAAGCCUUUCCUA